GUGACAUCAGACGGAGGGGGUAUUUAUGAAAGUCAACGCGGACUUUAUCGAUGUCUUUCCAGAGGCCGGCUGAGCAUCACUUCAGUGUACCCCUCAAACUAUCUAUCACAAGGCGCCAAACAUAUCAUGCCGUCGGCCAUUUCUCAAGAAACAGCCCCGUUGCCGAAAUGGCAACGUCCGGCGAAGACCAAAUGCGAGCUUCCGUGGGCAGAUAUCGCCGUGAUUGACAUUGGCAAAUUCGACCAGCCGGGCGGGAAGAAGCAGUUGGCCGAAGACCUCCGCCAAGCCGUCCACGAAACGGGCUUCUUCAGUCUCAUAAACACUGGCUUCACGCCAGAGGAAGUGCAGCGACAGUAUGACAUCGGGCAAGGGUUCUUCAGUCUCAAGACAGAGGACAAGGCAAGGCCAGGUAACACCUGUGACUUUGCCAAAGGCAAUUACUUUGGGUACAGACCGGCGCAUGAUAAGAAAAUGCAGGGCACCGACGUGCUUAACAACGUGGAGUCCGUGAACAUUGCCAAGUUCAUCGCGCAUUACCAGAACGAGCCUUUUCACCCGUUCUUUGAGCCUUUUCUCAAGGAAAUUGAAGACUUCUCGAGACGCUCACUCGAGCUGGCGAGCAAAGUCUUCACCCUUUUCUCAACCAUCCUCGAGCUCCCCGAGGACUACUUCUCCUCCCGUCACGCCUACGAGUCCCCCAGCGAGGACCACCUGCGCUACAUGGGCUACCAUCCGCGGCCGCUGGCCGACGACCUCAAGGUCGCAAACACCUGGUCGCGGGCCCACACCGACUUCGGCUCCCUGACGCUGCUCUGGAGCCAGGACGUUGCCGGCCUGCAGAUCAAGACGGCGGCGGGCGACUGGCGCUACGUGCCGCCCGUCGACGACGGCAUCGUCUGCAACGUCGGCGACACGCUCGACUUCUGGUCCGCGGGCUACCUCAAGUCCACGACGCACCGCGUCGUGCGGCCGCCCGAGGACCAGGCCCACCUGUUUCGCCAGGGCCUGUUCUACUUCGUACGGCCCGGCGACGACGUUGACAUCAAGCCGGCGCCGUCGCCGCUGCUGAAGAGGCUCGGCCUCGUGCGCGAGGACGCCGAGGACGCCGAGCUGGUGCGGGGGCUGCAGUACGUGAGGGAGCGCGUGAGGAACUACCACGACCACAAGGACUACGCGGACAUGAAGGGCAAGAAAUUCAAAGUCGGCGAAUUGGAGAUCGAGGACGAGGCGGCCUGAGCGAAGAGGAGGGGAGAGCAACGAAGAACAACCUAAAAGCGAAACUUUGUCAAAAAAGAAAAGUUUUGACAUUGGCCAUCUCCAAUGUGAGGCGCUAAACUAAGCAAACUUUUAGGUAUCCUAGAAGCCCAACAUUAUUAAGAAUUACUGGUCGUACUCUCCAGCGUAGAGAAUGUCGCCGGGCUGGCCGUUGGCGACCUCCCAGACGGAGCGUUCGCUCAACUCCGCCUCUCUCUUCAGAGACCCGACGUCCACGCCAGUCUCCUUGGCCUGGUCCUCCUUUGCAAGUUUCACUGAGAAAAAAGAAAAAAGUCAGCCAAUGUUUGUCCAAGGCGGAUUCAAGAUGGUGGCAAAGAUGCCGUGGACUUACCAUGCAGGAACACGGCCGCGCGC